AGUGAGGCCGUAGAUAUGGAUCGCAGGUCCGUCUAUGUUGUAGCUUUAUCUGCAUUGUCGUCGCCGGCGUUGGAGGUCAAUCUCCGGCCACACCUCCUGUGGUGUCCGCUCCGCCGGUUUCAGCUCCACACACAGAACAUCCACUCUCUCCCAACCAAUACCAAAGAAAAGCACGAGGACCAAGAGAGGAGGGAACAUAUGUCGGAGAAGGAGUGCAGCCACCACAAGGACAAGCGGAGGAAGAGGCUCCGACGGUUUUUCGGUGGACUCCUCAUCUUGAUCUUCAUCAUCCUAAUAAUCCUCCUCCUAAUAUGGGCCAUCCUCCAGCCCAAGAAACCCCGAUUCGUCCUCCAAGACGCCACCGUCUACGCCUUCAACGUCACGGCACCAAACUUCCUCACCUCCACCAUUCUAGUCACCAUCGCAUCCCGUAACCCAAACGACAAGAUCGGUGUCUACUACGAUAAGCUCGACAUCUUUGCCAUCUACCAGAACCAGCAGAUCACCUACUACACCGCCAUACCAUCCACGUAUCAGGGCCACAACGAAAUCAACGUUUGGUCACCCAUAGUGUCAGGCGUCAACGUCCCCGUGGCUCCAUACCACGGCGUUGGACUCAGCCAGGACCAGGCCGAUGGAACAGUCAUUCUUACCAUCAAAAUUCAAGGACGGGUUAGAUUCAAAGUUGGCACCUUCGUCUCUGGACACUACCACCUCUCCGUCACCCACUUCCUCUCUCUGGACACUACCAUCUCUCCGUCUCUGGACACUACCACCUCUCCGUCACCCACUUCGACGCCGAUCGCCGGAGUAUCGUAUGUGUCCACUCCGGUGCUGGAGGACGAUAACGAUGCCGUAGACCGUGACUUUUACCUUCUGGCCAAGUCCUAUUUGGACUGCCGCGAGUACCGGAGGGCUGCCCAUGUGCUUCGGGACCAGACCAGCAAGAAAGCAGUGUUCUUGCGCUGUUAUGCCCUCUACUUGGAUUGAUGGCAAGGUAGGUUGCAACUUGCUUCAAAUAGGGACAUCAAUCACAGAGAAAAGAAAGUUCAGCUAUUCACGGAAAACACCCUCUUUCCAAUACUGACCACACUCCACUCGGCUCCC